AUGGCUCCCGGGACCAAAGGCGGGAUCCUCUUCGACACCCAAAUCGGCCUCAAUUUCACCACCACCACCAUGUCCGCCGCCUCCGACUUCUCCUGGCAGACCUUCCAACAGAACGCCUCCGCCGACCGCCGAUCCCUGCCGCAGGUCAGCCUCUUCAUCGACUCCGACGUCCAGGGGAUCGCCUACCACGACUACCAGGCCGCCCAGAUCUACAUCGACGCCGACUACCUCGCCAACCUCACCUCCUCCAACGACGACGACCUGCGCAGGGAGUUCGCCGGACUGGUGUACGCCCAGAUGGCGUCGGUGUGGGGUUGGAACGGCAACAGCACGGCCCCGGCGGGGCUGCUUUCGGGGAUCGGCGGCUACGUCAGGGCGAAAGCCGGUACUAGUUCUUCUUCUAAGUGGGCGGAGGCCGGGGAAGGGGAGAAGUGGGACCAAGGGGACGACGUUACGGCCAGGUUCCUGGAGUACUGCGAUGGGUUGAGGAACGGGAGCUUUGUGGCGGAGAUCAAUUCCAUGAUGAAGGACACUUACAGCAAUGGCUUCUUCGCGCAGCUGCUUGGCAAGGAUGUGGCGGAUGUUUGGAAAGAUUACAAGGCCAAGUAUGGGAAUCUCACGGCUUCAUGA